AUGGCCCAGGCCACUCAGGACCAGGGAGUAAUGGGGACAUCUGACCAAGAUGAAGACUCUCCAAACAUGAUUGUCUACAGGAAGAUUGAGGAUAUCAUUACCCGGAUCCAGGAUGAGACGGAAGGCGUGCCAAUAAGAACAGUCAAGAGUUUCCUGACCAAGAUUCCCAGUGUGGUUACAGGCUCAGAUAUUGUACAAUGGCUCAUGAAAAACCUCUCCAUUGAUGAUCCAGCUGAAGCCAUUCACAUUGGGAGUCUGAUAGCUGCCCAUGGCUAUAUCUUUCCCAUCUCUGAUCAUGCACUCACACUGAAGGAUGAUGGGACAUUCUACCGAUUCCAGGCUCCAUACUUUUGGCCAUCAAACUGCUGGGAACCAGAGAACACAGACUAUGCUAUCUAUCUGUGCAAACGGACCAUGCAGAAUAAGACCAGAUUGGAGCUGGCUGACUAUGAGGCAGAAAACCUGGCCAGACUGCAGAGGGCAUUUGCGAGGAAGUGGGAGUUCAUCUUCAUGCAAGCUGAGGCUCAGGUCAAGAUCGAUAGAAAAAAGGACAAGACAGAGAGAAAGAUUUUGGAUAGCCAGGAGAGGGCCUUCUGGGAUGUUCAUCGGCCUGUGCCAGGCUGUGUCAACACUACUGAGAUGGACAUCAGGAAGUGCCGUCGCAUGAAGAAUCCCCAGAGAGUCAAGAAGUCUGUGUAUGGACUGGCUGAUGACACUCAGUCACAGAGUCCCGUACACACAGCCUCACAACACACCAGGAAGGACACGAAAGAAGAUGUCGAAAAAGAGAUUUUAUUUUUGAACACACAGUUGGACAGACACUGUAUGAAAAUGUCCAAAGUGGCAGAAAGCCUGAUGGGAUACACAGAGCAGUAUUUGGACUACGACCCGUUUCUGUCGGUGCCAGAACCAUCCAAUCCCUGGAUCAGUGAUGAUUGUACAUUCUGGGAGCUGGAGGUCAGUAAGGAGCCGAGCCAGCAGCGGGUCAGAAAGUGGGGUUUCUCAUUGGACGAAGCGCUGAAGGAUCCAGUUGGUCGUGAUCUGUUCCUGAAGUUCUUGGAGUCCGAGUUCAGCUCAGAGAACCUUCGGUUCUGGUUGGCAGUACAGGAUCUAAAAAGGCGCCCCCUGCAGGAAGUGCCAGCUCGUGCUCAGGAGAUCUGGCAGGAGUUCCUAGCUGAGGGGGCACCAAGCUCCAUUAACUUGGACUCACACAGUUACGAGCGCACCAGUCAGAACCUCAAAGACCCUGGACGUUAUAGCUUUGAGGACGCACAAGACCACAUCUACAAACUGAUGAAGAGUGACAGCUACACCCGCUUCUUACGCUCCAACGCCUACCAGGACCUCCUGCUGGCAAGAAAGAAGCCUGAAACCGAACAAGGCAGGCGCACCUCACUGGAAAAGUUCACACGCAGCGUGGGCAAGUCACUGACUGGCAAGCGUCUGACUGGCCUAAUGCAGUCCUCCUGA